AGAUUCUAAUCACAUUGCGUGAGCCAGUCGUUUAUUUGAAAUUCCAUAUAAUUCAUUGACAGAAGUCACCUCACCUCAGUUUGCAAUAGACAGUGUAACAAAACAGGAUUAUGAUUGUGACGUUGUUUCUUUGGCUGUUCUACACACUACCGGCAGGUCAGACUUCAAAUGCUCUGGAUUUCCUCACAAGGAACCAGACGCGUCCAUAUACUGUCCGUGUAUCAAAAUUACUGUGCACAGAUCAACCAUAUAAGCACGUAGAAGUGCAUGUCUGCAAUGUAAAGCUUCAACGGAACAAACCAGCCGUUUUUAAUCUACACUUCACUGUCCUAAAACCCGCAAAUUUUGUUCGUUUUAUGAUUACUAUGAAUUAUAAAUAUAAUACAUACACACCGUUCUUGGAAAAGUUGGACUUCGAGCUAUGCAGUUACAUCGCGAACGAUUGGAAGAAAGGUACCAACAAGAUGGCAGAUUUAUUUCUGGAAUUAGCCACAGCGCAGAUUGAAUGGAUUAAAAAGUGUCCCUAUUAUGUAAUGGGACGAUACAAUGUGACUGAUUUUGAAAUCAGGACCGACAUGCUCCCGCAGUUCGUUCCAGCUGGUGAUUUUCGGUUCGACUUUAGAACAUUCACUGAAAACAAUGAAACAUUGCUCAAUUUUCAACUGUUCUGCAAUAUUCGUGCUAGAGGUGUAUUUGAUUUGUCGAUGGGCUAAGAAUAUUUUGAACAGAAUGCGUUUGAUUUUAUGUACUUACAAACAAUAUUGAAACUAAUUCGUAGGGCUUAUGUAAAAAUAUUCUUUGAAUUUUUGCUAUCAUUUGAUGACAGCUGUUGCACUCAAUCAUCCUCCAGAAUAAUCUGUUA